CAUUAGAAUAAUUAAAGAUGCAAACAAGACGUCUAACUAUGAAUACAAGCUAAGAUCAUGCAAACAUGCUAACAUGCCUACAUCACAGAUUUAUAUUUCAAACUAGAAGCCAUCUACAGUGGGACUGACAACCAUAAAGCGUGCUCUUCUAUGUUGGAUCCUGGGGCAUCAGUUUAGGAUUAAUUAAAUCUAUUAAUCAAAUUGUCAACCCUGAGUGCCCAUUUUCAAAGUCAUCAGAGAUUUGGCAAGAUCUUCGUAUUCUGAAAAUUUCAUAUAUUGAUAAGGCGUAUAAACCUGGCUGCCCCAUGAUCAAAACACCAAAUUCCGAAUUCUUCCAGAAUGAGCUAAAAAUGUGUUAGAACUAAGCCUAGCUAUUCGAUAAUGUUAACCUGGAAGCAUUUCAUGCAAUCUUGAUGCUGCGCAAAGUUACAGAAGGAUUAGAACGAGGUCUUGCGUCGCUAGUGUCACCCUAAGAGCUUGCAAUAGAUCUCCUUUUCUCCGCGAUACGGGAACGCAGUUGCGUCCUACGUACUAGACACGUGAUGCAACUCUAUGUGUAGGAUUCUAAAGACGUUCGUUGGAUAUAAUUCAUAUUAUUAUAUCUUGCGUGAACCAUGCGCAGUUGCAUUUAUACAGGUAGUUGAGGCAUCGUCGUAGCAACUACUUGUUGCAAAGAAAUCAUCAGAUGCAUAACAACCAAUCAGCACGUCAGAAAGUAUAUUUGCGGGAAAGUGUCAUGUUCGUUUCCGGUUUGGUACAAGAGUCCUGUGUUUGAGAUGCCUCGUCCUCGUGUCAGUGGAAGAAGACCUGUUCGUCCAAAUCUGGAACAAGGCGGCUACUGCCGCUGUGACGGAUAUAGUCUUGUAGAUUUAGCGAUGCUUUCAGCACAGUUGGAGGAGGUUGCGGUGUGUGCCAUGUGCAAGAAACGGAACCUCAGCUUGAAGAUGGGAAGCAACUGAAUGGGAUUUUCGCUUCCAUUGUUACUGAAGUGUACAAACAAGCGGGGAUGGGAUGGUCUGGCUACGCGAGACUACGCGAGAUCAGGUGUGGCCAGAAGGCUUUACUGAAACUAGCAGCUGUCGUUGGCAUGCAUUGGUUGUUAGAGAUUGGAAGAGCUGUACGAGGCUAGUAGAGCUAGUGCCUAGUCUGUCUGCGUAUAAAGUUUAUUCCAAGGUGGAGAUGGAGAGGGCAGUGCAUGAACUGAAAGCGUACUGUGACACUGCAACACCUACUCCUGCAACCUAUCAUCCAGAUGAUGAUGAUGAUGAUGAUGAUUUUCGUGGGUUUCAGGAUGAUGACGAUGACGCCAAAUUUCAUGGUUUUGCCUCCUCUGAUGACAUUGUUGAUGUGGCUGUGUCUUGCGAUGGUACCUGGCAGAAGAGAGGCCAUCGAAGUCAGUAUGAGGUGCAGGCAGCUAUUUCUGCGGUAACUGGCAAGGUAAUUGACUAUGAGAUCGAGAGUCGAUUUUGCAAGAAUUGCCAGUCACACAGUUCUUGGGACAGGGGAAGUGAGAAUUAUAGGGAAUGGAAGGCCUCUCAUGUUGAGAAUUGCAGCUUGACCUACGCCGGUUCUUCUAACAGCAUGGAGACCCAUGGUGCUGUCGUCAUGUGGUGUCGCUCUCUGGAACAUCAUAAGCUGCGGUACACAACAUUCAUUGGGGAUGGAGAUAGCUCUGCGUAUCGGUCUGUUGUUGCUGCAAACCCGUAUGGUGAUGACGUUACAAUCACAGUCGGAUUUGUUGGUCAUGUGCAGAAGAGGAUGGGAACUCAACUGAGGAGGUUGUGGAUGGAGCACAAAGACCUUGCUAUUCCCUUGCCAUCUGGGACUGUGAGGAAGGGCGUCAAAGGGCAGCGCAGACUAACCGCUGACUUGGUCAACAAGUUGCAGAACUAUUAUGGUAUGGCUAUACGAAGCAAUCUUGGAAAUAAGUUUGGAAUGGUUUCUGCCAUCGCUGCCAUCUUUGGGCAUCAUUCUAACAACCAUACCUUUUGUCCACCUGGAGCCUACACUUGGUGCAAAUAUAUGAGGGGAGACCUAACAUACAAGGAGAAGGACACACAGAAAGAAGUCUUUGAGCUGAUGGAGCCCGUCUUUCUUCGUCUGAGUGAUGAUGCUCUGCUGGAUAGACUGCAAUGUGGCGACACCCAGAAUUCUAAUGAAUCGCUUCACAGCCUCAUUUGGAAGAGGCGGCGAAACAUCUACCGUCGUCUCUCCAAAUUGUAGAGACGUCAACCGCACUGUCUGUCAUUCAGCAAAAUUCAGGCAAUGUUGGUUUGGUGUGUGUUAAGAGUCGAUAGAUGUUACUAACACAGAGUUGUCUCGCCGUCUGCUGGAACGAUUGGACGAAAGAAAGGAGCGUCAGAUGCUCAGAAAACAGGAUCCCGAGGUGAAGAAACGACAGCAGGUUCUUCGAGGUAUGAAGAAAAGAGGAGAAGAUCAGCUGUGGGAGAAGGAAGGGGCAUCAUACUCUGCUGGGUCAUUUGAUUUACCAGAGGAUCUGCCACCUGAGAGUGGAAGCAGCAUGAGAUGUAGAGGCAAGGGAAAGAAGAAGAAAUCCGUGCCUGAGGGAGCAUCGUCUGCUAAACGUCCUAGACGUGUCGCAGAGGACGGUUCCAGAGCUUGCAGCUCGGAAGAUUAGAUUUCGUGGCUUGUUUCAUCCUAAGGUUGACCAGUCGGUGGUUGCCUGUUCCCGAUUGUCACCUACACUGGGAGAGAAACUUGUCAUCUACUUCUGUAUUAGGCAAGUUGUGGAAUGCUGUGGCCAUUGCAAGCAGCAUUCCCUCUCCAAUGCAGGCAAAAUCCAGUUACACCUCCAAGUGGUGCCUUGCGGUAACAGUAGAUUUGAAACUCAGCAAAGUGUCUAGUGUAGCCUGUGCUGAGAUUUGAACCUACUGGCUAACGUAACUGGUGCACUACCACCUGCUGAUUGUUCUUUUGUUGAAUUCAUGUGAUGAGAAUCUUCUUCUAGGAGGUGUGGCAUGCUGUUGCAUGAGUUGCCCGUCAGUUCUGUCGUAAAUAAUUAUUAGUAAAUGAUUAUUAGCAAAUGAUGAUGAACAAACAUGACACUAGACUACUUCAGUUGUACCCUGUGAGUGUGCACAUAGCUGUUGAUUCAAAUGGCAGGCAAGUAGGAAGCGUCAUUUUCUGAGAGAAGGCUUCACAAGUGCAGAAGGCAUGUCAGAAGUUCCAGUUUAGACAGCGUAAACGUUUAUAACUGAGUGAUGACUUUGUUAUUAGCUAUGUAAUUAGACAUGUACUUUCUUGAUACUAUAAUGCGUAUUUGCACCAGCAGAUUUUGUAAUCAAACGUCUGUGUGCGCAGCAGUCACCCCAAAAAGGGUGCGCAUACGUGUACUCCUAGAAAAAAUUCUUAUAAAUCGUAUUACAAAGUAAUCAAGAUAAGCUCCAGUACGUUGUUGUAGCUUAGUUUCGCCUAUGUUGUGUUGAAGUAUGAAGGGUGUAAGGGCGUGUAGGUU